UGUUGUUUUCCACCUUCAUUUCUCAUCGCACAAACGUUAAAAAAGCUGGGUUCCAAGGAGGGGCACAGUCAGCCCAGUCAGCGCAUAGCAAAAAACAACAAAACACUCCGUUCUUUUGUUCGCGUGCUAAAACUCUCGUCUCGUUUCGCUGCAUCAGUGUGUGAUUCAUCUUGGGGAAACGGUUAACGCGAAAUUGUUGAAAGAAAAUGUCCCUCUCCAGCGCACUCAAGCCUGUCCGCGAGGAUGACUUCGUGGAGUACUUCCUGUUCCCCGCGGGGCUGGACCAGACGGACGUCUCGCUGGAGAAUUGUGAGCCGCUUUUGGAAUCGCUCCUGGCGGAGGUCGAUAAACUGUCGAAGGAAUACUGCCAACGGUACAUUUGGCAUCGAGACGGGUUUAAGGUCAUCAUCCGAAAGGGAGAUCUCCAGCAGCGUUUACUCAUCGAAGCUAAUGACGGAGAUGUGGAUGAGGUUCCACUCUCGCCUCAUCUCUAUGGGAUCACACAUUUUGGUGACAAUGUGCAAGAUGAAUGGUUCAUUGUGUCACUGUUGUUCCAUUUGACACGGAGAAUAUCCGGACUUGCGGCACGAGUAGUGGAUUCCGACGGUGAAUUUUUGCUUAUCGAAGCGGCCGACCAUUUACCAUCAUGGGCUAAUCCGGAACGUUGCGAGGGUCGUGUCUUCAUCUAUGAUGGGGCUUUGUAUUUGAUUGCGGACGAAGCCCAAAGCAAGAGUUACGCGAUGAAGGAUAUUCUUGGCGAGCUACAGAGCGAUUCUCGAUCGAAAUGGGUUCUCUCAAAAGUUGUGCAAUCGGCCAUCGAUGAGCGAAUUCGCGAUUUUCCGGACAAAAUCGAAGAGGAUCACCAUCGAGCUACUCUGUAUGUUCCGGUGGGAGUUGCGGCGGCUCUCAAAGAAAAUCCACAGCUCAUAUCGGCGGCUGUGUUGGCGUUUUACAAUCGUGACCCGAUCGAUCUCAAAGUGUGUCGGGCGAUGCGAUUCUUUCCGCCGGAGAGCUGCGUCUACACAAGUGCCAUUUUCACCAAGUGUCUGUAUGCGAUGCUGAUGCACAGUAACUAUCUGCCUGAUAGGAGAACCGGUUGGAGCUUACCUCUGGCCACCGCUCCGGAGUACAAAGCCCACAUUCUGGGUCUCAAACUAGCAUGUGGAUUCGAAAUAUUGGCCUCUCAGGCCAAAGCGUCUCAGUCGUUGGAAACGGAUAAAGGAUGGAAGAGCUAUUUUGACUCGCUGAAUGCUAAGGGAUAUUUUCAGGAUAAUAUUCCAGACUCUCAGGAAUACUCGCGUCUGCUGGGAAUUGCGCAAGAUUACUACCGGGAGAAUCGUGAUUCGAUGAGGUUCACUCCCAAAAUAGGCGAAGAAAUUGUGUCCAUCCUCAAACGAAACGAUUACGAUGUGGAGGAGCUGCGCAAGGAAGGUUUGGAUAUUCCUUCGCCAGAUGACGACAGCUGGAUCAAUAUUUCCCCCGAGGAACUGGAUCAGAUGUUGACUAAACGCUACGGUGCUCGAAAGUUGUUAUCACUGAAUGGAAACACCGAUGCGGAAGCCUUUACCAGCAUGGUUAACGAUUUUCUGGAUCAGAAGAGCGAAUUCGAUGGGGUUGACCAGGAUGCGGCAAUGGCUCAACUAGAUCUCGGUUCGUUUAGGCCUGUGAAACCGAAAAGGAGGCCAAAGACUGACGUUCAGAACCAUAGCCAGCCAUCGCCGAAUCGCCAACCGAUAGAUUUCGAUUCGGACGCCUUCGCAGCUCACGUCAAGAAUCUGCUGGAUUUGGUGAUCCCUGAGGAUCGAUGGGAUUCCUCUGACAAUUCGGACAUGAGCGACUACGCAGAGGAUGAAUACGACCGAAACAUCGAGGACAUGUCGCCGACACGAACUGCCAAAUCCGUCAAAAAUGAAAUCCAAUCCUAUAUGGAUCAGAUGGAUCGAGAAUUGGCAAAAACUACGAUCGGCAAAAGUUUCGAGACCACGAUUGGGGAGCCGGGAGAGCGCAAAGAACAGGCGGACGUGGAUGAUUUCGACGAUAUCGAGACGUUUAAACCGGUUGAUAUCGACGUUAACACGUUGAAGAACAUGAUGGAAAGUUAUCAGGCACAGAUCGGUGGCCCGGGACCGUCUGCCAAUCUGUUGGGAUCAAUGGGAGUUCACGUCUCGAGCGCCUCCAACGGAGGGCCGUCCAAGACGAACGCGGGAGGUACCAAACAGACGGAUGUAUGAAUUUUGCCCUAGAAACGAUGGAAUCAAACUAUUCUUGCUGGAAGCCUCAAGCUUUUGCGUCGCCAUUGCAAACGAAUUUAGUUAAGCUCAGAACUCUUUGGAGGUAAUAGUAUAUAAUUGCAGUGCCAGUAUCAAUCCUAUCUCCGAGUUCUGAUUGGUUCAUACUUUCUUUGAAAGUAAGUGUACUUAUAAGUGGAGAGGAAAAACGCGGAGAAUUUGUGCGUUCUGCUAAAGAAAGACCAACUCUAUACUAGAACCGAAUCUAGGUUUUAUUUUUAUUGCGUACCGUUAGACACAACGAGAAGCCCUAUGGCCAUUUUUUUUUCAUAUAUCUAAGUCAGAGCUAGUGUUAUUGAAUAUGAUAUAAGAUUUUAGCAGGAAUCCUAUUCCUUCAGGAACAUUUAUAGUGAUCUGUCGUAUUUUCUUAUCAUAGGUUAGAAUAAAAACUGCUUGAUGUUCUUAUUAUGACCCUUAA